AUGGAUUUGUCUGCUGUUCCUCUGAUUCAAUCCACCGAGUCAAGUCCAUCGGCCCAACGUUUCACCUUCAAAGAAAUCGACUGCCGCGAAGGGAAGAUGCAGCACAAAACGAUCCUGAUUAUGGGCGCCACCGGUUCCGGCAAGACGACGCUCAUCAACUGCAUGAUCAAUUACAUUUUCGACGUGCAGUGGGAAGACCCGUUCCGUUUCCAGCUGAUCCAAGAACAGGUGACCGGAAGUUCGAAAGCUGAGAGUCAGACGAGCCACAUCACGGCUUACGUCAUCCAUCACGCGGAGGGAUUCCGCAUCCCUUACUCUCUGACUAUCGUCGACACGCCCGGCUACGGCGACACCAAAGGCCUCGACCGGGACCAGGAAAUCACCGACAUGGUUCGCAAGUUUUUCGAAGACGACAGAGGCAUCCAGGAAUUGGAUGUGAUCGGAUUUGUCGUUCAAGCUAGUCUUCCUCGUUUGACACCAACUCAGAAAUAUAUCUUCGACUCGGUGCUUUCAAUCUUUGGAAACGAUGUGAAAGAGAACAUCAACUUUUUGUUACCUUUCGCCGACAGUCAGGUGCCGACUGUGUUGAAGGCCAUCGCAGGGACCGGUCUACCCUAUCCGAAAGACCCUCAGACUGGCGAUCCGGUCCAUCACAAAUUCAACAAUUCCAGCUUCUUUUGUUUUAACGGGCCGACAGAAAGCGAAGCAAGUAAUGACGAAAACACAUCUUUUGAUCAUUUCUUCUGGCGAAUGGGGAUAGAGAAUUUCAAGCGCUUCUUUUCCGUUUUAACUACGAAGAAAACACAGUCUCUGGUAUUAACAAAACAAGUGCUUGACGAGAGAAAGCGGCUGGAAGUGACAGUGGACGGACUCCAGCCGCUCAUCAAAAUCGGAUUGACCAAGAUGGAAGAGAUGAGGAAGACGAAAAUGGUUAUUGCCAACAGCCAAGCGCAAAUCGAAGCCAACGAAAACGUUCACUUCGAGGUCGAGGUCACUAGGCCAAAAAAAGUUGACAUUCCAGCCGGCCAGUAUCUAACCAAUUGUAACAAGUGCUAUGUUACAUGCCACAAUCCGUGCCAAAUCCCAAACGACGAAAGGAAAGUCAACUGUGAUGCCAUGGAUCGUUCCAUGCCAGAGGAAACUCGUACCUGUAAAAUUUGCCCGAAUAAGUGCAUCUGGAACAUGCACUCCAACCAAUCGUAUAGGUGGGAAUAUGUCAAAGAGAAGCAGGUCACCUCAUCAGGCACCAUUAAACAAAAAUACGAAUCAGAACUAAAGAAAAAGCUAACAGCCAAGGAGUUGGUGGAAAUUCUGGAGAAGGACGUCGAGGAAAACAACAAAAUUGUACUGGAACGUGUCGAAAUGGUUACUAAAUGCAUCAAGAGGCUGGAUGAGAUCGCCCUGCGUCCGAAUCCUUUCUCAACGCCCGAGUACAUCGAUUUGAUUAUAACCACCGAGCAGCGGGAAAAAAGUGUCGGCUUCAAGGAGAGAAUCGAGAGUUUGAAAAAACUGCGUCAAAUGGCUAUCAUUACCAGCAGAGUGAAAAAUAAUGAAAGUCUGAUGAGCUUGGACGAAAACGACGAUGAAAUUCCCGGAGACGAUUUGGAUUAUAACGGAGUUUCGGUGCACAGCAAGGCUGACCGUAACAUGUUUGAAAAUUCAUUUGUGUGAGAAAUUAAACUUUUAUAAAAAAAAUUGUCAAGUUUAAGUGGCAUUGAAUAUUCAGGUUUUAGCCAAGCAUUGCUUUUCUUUAAGUUGCCUUUUGAUUACUUUACCUGUAAUAAAUUACACUGUAGAAAAAAUCAUGAUUUGUACUACAUUACAUAGUUUCUCUAAUACAAUUCUCAAAAAUUUUA